UCCAGAGGCCAAUUCAUAGCAAUGGAGGAUACAUUUUUGUGGCAGUACAUUCUGAAUUGUUGCUUCCCCUUAUAAAUAAUUAAUGUAUCAUCCGCAAAUUGAAGCAUAACUAUUUUUAUGUUUCUUUCCUCCCCUAUGCUGAACACGUAUUUGUUAAACAAUAUAACCUAUCUUAAUAUCCAUUUAGUCCUUGUUAAGAAUAGGAUGGGAGUCAUCAAAGGUCCCCUUGCCUAAGUCCUUUUUUCCAUCAUAAACUCAUCGCACAGACUUCUAUUCACAAGAACAAAAACAAAAGACGAAUGCGAGCAUUCUUUCACCCAUUCGAUCCACUUUUCACAUAAAUUCAUUUUUCUCAUUAUGUUAAAUGACCUUGUGGAGGACCUCAUUGACUCUGUUUGCCAUAUUUUUAGACAUUAUCCUGUAAAUGUUGCCAACAAGGGAGAUAAGCCUGUAUUCUUUAUGGUCUUGUGGAGGACCUCCUUGAUUUCAUUUUCGUCGGGCAUCAACUUUGUGAUAGAUUUGCGCUCCAUCGCAAGCAUUCGUGACAGAUUUAGUUUUUGUCACAUAGACACUUGGAAGGGCAUCGUGAUGGAUUUAUUUUCCGUCGCAAAUAUCAAUUUCUCCUUUGUUGAUAAAUUGUUUUUCUGGUACAAAGAUGAAACCCAAAAGUAAAAGUAAAGCCUAGGCUAAGGCCUCAAAAACGAAACUCCCAAAGCCCUCAAUGGGAGAAACUAGAGAAACAAGCUCCUAAUUUUGACUCGCACCAAACUUAGCUAGAAAAUCCGUACACGCGUUCCCUUCACGAAGAGUGUGACCAAUCGUUAUUCUCCAUGGCCUACCAAGCAGGUCUUUUGUCUCAGAUAAUAUAUGUAUAUGCAUGUCGGCUGCCCGGAGUAGACAAGACUAGAUUAACCGCAUGCAGGGAGUCAGAUUGACACUCCACCACUCUAUGCCCCAGCUCCCAAGCCAUGGAUAACCCAUGGUAUAUUCCGACCAGCUCGAAGACGAGUAUAUCUGGGUCAUUCCGGAACCCGUAAAGUCCAGCUAGCCUUGGAGAAGCCAUGACACUUUCGUCCAUGUUCACAACGACGCUAUCUCGCAGUGUAGGAGAUGUUCUCACCCAUCGUUGAUCCCUGACGUAGCGCCCCGACUCGCCUUGAGCAUUUUUAAUACUUUAGAGCUAUUCAUUUCAAAUCCAAGUGAAUCAAAGUUGCUGUCAAAAAAAAAAAGUGAAUCAAAGUUGUAAGCAGAAACAGAAAUGUGGAAGAGAGGGUUAGUCGGCGCCGUUGGCGCCCUCCGCCGCGCCGGCACGUCUCGACCCCGGUACUACGCCACGAUGUCAUCGGCGGUGGACUCCAUGAUUCUCCGCUCCCUCAAGGAUCACUACAUGGAAGUCUCCAAAAUGAACAUGCCCCCUAGAGUGAGUCCUCCAUCACCAUUCAGCAUCGUGAAGGGCGCAUUGGAUUCCAACGGCCCUGUCCUCAAGCGGAGCUACGGCGAGGAAGAGGUUAUCGUCUACGUGAUGCGCCUCUCCUCCGCCGACGACGAUGACGGCGCCGUCGGCCAGCUUUUCAUCCACGUCGACGUCUCCAAACCCACGCAGAACGAGUCGUUGAUCUUCCUCUGCGGUCUCUAUGAGGAUGCUCUCGGCAUUCACUCUGUUUCCAUGAGGCCUAAGCUCACAGAACACUCUGGCUACAUCAUCAUCCCCUCCCAAUACACUGGCCCUGUUUUCGCAGAACUAGAUGAAAGGACGAGAGAUGCAUUUCACAGUUACAUAGAGGAGCGAGGCGUGAACGAGAGCCUCUUCAAAUUUCUUCAAGCAUGGCUAUAUGUGAAGGAACAUAGAAAUCUUAUGCGGUGGUUCAAGACGAUGGGCUUGUUCAUUGAUGGGAAGAAGCCAGCAGCAGGGGCUUAAUCCUCUCAGAGAGGUCAUGUAUAUGUUUGGUUUCAUGUUGAGGAAACUACUCUCAGUAGCUUUUUUCAGAAGCACUUUUCUGAAUUUGAAAACCUAACAAGUUUCCAAACAUAAAAAAGGAUAGAUGAGAUGACGUUUGUUAGAUUAAAAUGGGUGGAUUAAUUUCUAGUAUUGAUGCAAUAACUUCCACUUAAUAGUGUUUUGAUAUCUAAUUCACAGUGAGUGAAGUUAUGUAUUUAGAACAUGUUGAAUUUUGAUGAUUUUCUUUUAAUUUUUUAUUCUUUUCAA